CUUUUGUUUAUAAAAAGGAUGAAAAGGCGGAUGUUUUAUAUUUCAUGUAACGGACGCAGCUUGUGUUCGGCCGGAGGAGAAUGAGGAGCGCUCCUUCUGUUUCCGGCGCUGUGAGAGCAGAGGCGUGAUUCACAUAGCAGAACAAACAGCACAAGGAUGCAGGACCCAAACGCAGACACCGAGUGGAAUGACAUCCUUAGGAAGAAGGGCAUUCUGCCUCCUAAAGAAGCACCGGCGGAAGAGGAAGAGGACGAGCAGCUUCAUCAGCCUCAGUCUGUUGUGAAGACCUAUGAGAGCAUGACUCUAGAGGAGCUGGAGGAAAAUGAAGAUGAGUUUAAUGAUGAGGAUGAACUCGCCAUAGAGCUGUACAGACAGAAGAGGCUUGCGGAGUGGAAAGCGAACCAGAUCAAGAACACGUUCGGGGAGUUGAGUGAGAUCUCGGGUCAGGAUUACGUGCAGGAGGUGAACAAUGCUGGAGCCGGAAUCUGGGUGGUGCUGCAUCUCUACAAACCGGGAAUCCCGUUGUGCACGCUGAUAAACCAGCAUCUGUCACAACUGGCCAGCAAGUUUCCUCAAACCAAGUUCCUCAAAUCUGUUUCCAUCACCUGCAUUCCCAACUACCCCGACCGCAACCUGCCCACGGUGUUCGUCUACUACGAGGGCGAGAUGAAGGCCCAGUUCAUCGGCCCUCUGGUUUUUGGUGGCAUGAACCUGAAGUGUGACGAGCUGGAGUGGCGUUUAUCUGAGUCUGGCGCUGUAAAGACCGACCUGGAGGAAAACCCCAGGAAACAGAUCCAGGAUCAUCUGAUGACGUCCAUUCGCUGCUCGGCGCCCAACCGCAGAGCCGGUGAUGAGGACUCUGACGAGGACUGAAGCGGCACACUAACAUUAUAUCAGAAUCACAGCUGGACUUCACCUGCAACAACAGCUCGACUGCUAUAGAGCCAGUCUGACGAAAUUCAGUCGUUUUGCGGCGACUCAAACACAUGAGAAAAGACUGCUUAAACUGUGGCCGAGCAGACUGUAAUUUAAACUUUUACUCUUUGCCAUAUUAAAAAGACGUGCGCUCUUCUGGAAGAGAAUGACUCCUGCUUGUCUCGCACUCGAAAACAUUUUUAAACCAGCCAUCGUUAAAUGGAUUAUUCACCGGAAAUUUGCAUUGUUUUGUUUUAUAUAAGAUUUCUAAUAAUACAGCCUUUGUGAGUUCAAUGCUUGUCACCAUUUAUUAUAUAAAAACAUAUACUGAUUUGAGUGCAUUUUACUGUCUUUUGUUUAUGCGUUAAUGUUAUUUCCACUCACCCAUGGCCCACUAAACAGGCUGUGACAUUAUUAAGUGAUAUUUAGGGAUAUGUCAGGCUAUUUCCCAUCAAUUUCCUUUUUGCAUUUUAACAUUCUGAUUUGCACCCACAUACUGAAAAGGCGAGAGCUUCGUCUCUGGUUCGUGUUUUAGCAAUAAUACAUAAACCGUCAGCAAGCAUGAGGUUACAUUUAUUAAAAGAGGUUUUAAUGAAAUCUGGUCGUUUUUUGUAGUUUGACAGCAACUCUAAUGCAGCUUUAACACAUUUCAGGCAUUACGGUGUCAGAGAGAAUCCCAGAUAAGAACAGAGGACGUCUGUAGAGAGGAGAAACACACUCGGUUAUAUUCAUCAGUUUACAUGGAAAUGAAUCAAAUCUUUAAACAAUCGCUAAUGCUUGUUAUUUCCAUCUCUGUCACUUCCUGUCUGUACUCUAUAGUCCCAUAAACCGCAAUAAAAACUAUGUUUAUGA